AUGGCUCAACAAGAAAUAUCGUGUGGUUUAGAUUUUAUGACAGCUCCUGAUCUACAAGAAUGUCUCACUGAAGCGUUGCAUGCCAAUUUUGCUUUUAUUGUUUCACCAAUUGUACAUCCACGUUUUCGCCGGCCAAUAUUUCCGUCCGGUGGUACAGUCGGAGGGUUUACACGGUCGGAUAUGAUUUUAUCUCCUCAAGACUGGAAUAGCAGAAUAGUUGGUAAAAUAUCGGAAUACUUAGAUCCCGAUUCCCCCUCGCCAGUUGUUCGUCAAAGACAUGAAGAUUGUUUAAAUGAAGAACUUACGUACUGUCGAGGCCUAGGACUUCCAGCCAUAAUGUUAUCGUUACAUUCUAAAAAUAGUAAUAACUUAGCUAGAACUUUACACACGUAUUUUGAAACGAGCCAUCAUCUAACAAUUAUUUGGGUUAGUGUACCAAUGGUUUGCCCUCAAACUUUAAAAACAAACAGUAAUGCUGAAAAUGAAACCGAAGCUUGGAAUGAGCCAUGGCUUUGGUGGACCAAAUUUCAUGAACGCAUGGGCUGGGACAAGAGAAUUGGUGUUGUAAUAGAGUUGUCAGCAGACCUGCCUUCACAGGAGGUACUGAAAAGAUGGCUUGGUGAGCCCAUUAAAGCUGUAAUUGUUCCUACAUCACUUUUCAUAAGUAAUAAAAAAGGAUAUCCAAUUUUAUCUCGAGCACACCAGAAUGUUAUAAUCAAUAUGGUAGAACAAGAUGCCCAGGUUAUUGUCAAAGGAGCAAGGAGAUCUAAAAUUCAAUAUUAUUUACAAUAUCUAUUUAGAUUAUGGAAAAGGAGGUCAUAUGUGGGAGAUGAUCCUAUGCUCAGUUAUGCAAGAGGAUGGGAGGACUAUCUUCAGACACCAUUGCAGCCCUUAGCUGAUAAUUUGGACACUCAUACAUACAAUGUUUUUGAGAAAGACCCUGUCAAAUAUGAUCAAUAUCAAAAGGCAAUUUCUCAAGCACUAAGUGAUAUAAAAACAAAGAGAAAAAACAAGGCUGAUAACGAGUGUCACUCAAAUUUUGUUGACACAAAAGAGGACUCAGAAAUUGAUCAAAGUGAUGAUGUAGACAACGAAAAUGAUAAGCCCAUUACGGUCAUGGUGUUGGGUGCUGGAAGAGGCCCUCUUGUCAGAGCAACUUUAAAUGCAGCAGACAUUACAAACAGUAAAGUAAAAGUUAUUGCAGUUGAAAAGAAUCCGUGUGCAGUGGUAGUGCUUGCUGCUCAAGUUCGGGAAGUGUGGCGUGAUCGUGACGUAACUGUGAUACCUGGUGAUAUGAGACAAGUAAAUUUGUCACCCAAAGCAGAUAUAAUAGUUUCAGAACUGUUAGGUUCAUGGGGAGAUAAUGAACUUUCACCAGAGUGCUUAGAUGGAGCAGCAGGUUUGCUAAAGAGUUGUGGUAUAUCUAUACCCAGAGAAUACAAUUCAUACGUUGCACCAAUUUCUUCACCAAGAUUAUGGGCAGCAGCACGGUCAGCAUCCCCAGGCAACUAUGCUCAAAUUGAAAAAAACCUAGAAACACUUUGGGUAGUGUACAUGCAAAACAAACAUGAUAUUGGAGAAGCUAAAUGUGUGUUUACUUUUAAUCAUCCUGCUAAGGCUAACAAAAAUUAUGAAGGACAAGAUUUAACUGAUUUUAGAGGGUUACCAUUGACUGAUAACAGAAGGUCCACUACUCUUACAUGGGAUGUUGAACAAGACAAUGUGAUGCACGGCUUUGGUGGAUAUUUUGAUUGUUCAUUAUAUGGAAAGGAAAUGAUUAGUAUAGUCCCUUCAACUCACAGUCCAGGAAUGAUAUCUUGGUUCCCUAUAUUUAUACCCAUUAAGACUCCAUUAAGAGUGCAGAAAGGUGAUAAAAUAAAAGCCACUUUUUGGAGAUGUGUGAGUCCUCGCAGAGUAUGGUAUGAAUGGAUUGUUGAAGUUGGAGAACACACUACACCCCUACAUAAUCCAAAUGGACGCAGUUCAGAGAUGUUGUUAUGAAAAUAAAUGUUUUUUUUUACUUAAGUAUAAAUAAAAUUAGUAUUAAAUAUUA